AUGUCAAAUGAUUCAAAGCAAAAGAGUGUAGAAAAUGUUGAUCUGUUUGUUGGUCGUUUGAUGCGGGCAUGUGGUACCCUGCUUCAGGAAAAUGCUGAUCUUACAACAUCAGAAGCUGAAGAAAUAGCUAUAGCUGUAAAGUUAAGUUGUGAGGUCUUCCAAACAAGAAGUAAUUUAGGAAGUGAAGGAGCACAACUUGCAUUUUCACUUUACCACAUCAUUAUUGGACUUCUACGAAUGAAAUGUUAUGAGUGGGCUAUUCUGUUGGCUGUGCAGUUGAAAUCUUUUUUGAUGAACUCUGAUAACAAAAUAGUUUCAACAGUAGUCCACAAUUGCUAUGUCAUCUUUUGGAACUCUGCCGUCGAAGUCGAACAAAAAUCUGAAAAACUUUUCUUAGAAGAUGGCAGACAUCACCAGGCUUUGCAGCUACGCUGCACAGCUUUACAGUUCUUGUGUUUUAAAGUUGAAGAAGCUAAAAAUGUUGCAGAAAAAACACACAAAGCCAUGUUGUGGUUCCUUGCCAAUUCUAACAGUCAACAAGGGCUAGAACCUGAUCUUGUUAAUAAGUUUUUUUCUUCCAUCUUGCAGUCAAUUGGUCGAAGUGUGAUAAAACACAAUGAUUCUUGUCUGUCUUUGGUUUCUGUGCUAUUGGGGGUUUUGCUGGAUUGGAAUAUCACCAUGUAUCGUCAUUGCAGCAAUUCAUCUUAUAAGUUCAAGUUAACUUCACAGUGGAUUUCCAUUAAGAAAGACCUUACUUCAACUGAUAUAGAGGAAGUUUCUAGGCUCUUAAAUAAGUGCACUGAGCUAGUAGAUGCUGUCACUCAAGUUCUGAUCCCACAGGACUCCUAUUUAGAGGAACGAAAAAGAAGUUUGAAGCAAGUGGACAGUAAUCAGAGUAUUGUAGAAUUAAUUGGUUCUGAAUUUUCAAGAACAGAUUUGUUUCUACAGGCACUGGAGAGUUGUUCAAGUAUAGUUUUUGAUUUCGUCAAAGAGCUUGGAAAUAGUGAAUCUAAUACUCAAUGCUCUCCUGAAAUAUCUCUUGGUAUCCUACCUGUCUUGAAGCUGCACAUGAAGUUAUUGAUGAAGCAACAAGAAGCUGAUCUUCUAUCUGUGAAUCAGCUUUUAACACAAACACAUUGUAAGGUUUUUACUGCAAGUCUUCGACUUCUUAGAGAAUUGGUCUACCAGUCACAAGAAAGCAAGACCUGGAAAGCUGUUAUGGAAGAUGUCUUGGAAGAAGCAAAGAAUGUAGAAAACGGACUGGACCACUGUGUUGGUGAUUCUAAUAGCUUCAGCAAUUCUCUCAUGCUAUCAGGAACUGAAGCUGGAAAUCUCGGAAUCAUAUUUUUCAAUCAAAGCUGCUAUCAAGAGGCUGUACCAUUUCUCAACUUUAGUUGUAAAUGCCUUACUUCCUUGGUUGAAACAUCAGACCUGACAUCUGAAGUCAAGAAAUCGUGCACAGACAGUCUGUUUAAAAGGUUUGAACUUCUUGCUCAGUGUUACUGUCAGAUAGGAGAUUUGAAGGAGGCUUUAGCAUCAGUUGUGAAAGGUCUAAAGUGGAACAUAAACAAACUGAAUACAGCAAUUGAGAUUUGGCUAAAAGUUAAGAGAGAAGCAUUUAGAAAAAACAACAAAGAGAUUAUAAAAAUAACUACCCAACAUCAGUUAGAUAAUUCAGGUAUAACAAUAGAUAGGCUAGUCCAAGUGGAGUUACUUCAAGCAGAAUUAAUAGGCUACAAAGGUGAAAGGUAUGACACAAUUGAUGCUUGUUAUGCUGUAGUCCUUGAACUCCUACAAAUUAGUGAGACUAAUCUUGAAAAAGGCUUCGUUCUAACAGAAUUGGCAGAAUUAAUCUGGAGUCAUAAUUUUCCUUUCAAAUGGACUGCAGCUGAAUGUUGCCAGAGGGCUAUUGAUUUGCUGGAAGAAAUUAUCAAAAUGGAUGCUUUAUCUGAGUUUCAGAUGGUACAAGUUAAACUGCAGCUGGCUAGCUCCUAUUUCUGGUUGUAUGAGACAAGAGUUCAGGAAUUACAAAAAGCUUCUCAGGAAGAAGUAAAAAAAUCCCCCAUAAUUUCAUUAGAAGAUAAGCAGGAAGCCAACCAACUACCACGAGGAGAUGAAGAUGAUAAAGAUGAUGUUUGUGAUAUUAACCCUGCUUAUCCUCAUGUCAAUCUCCAACUAGAAAUUGAAUCAUUGAAACCCUUGGACAGUGCUCUAGAUCUAUGGAAAGAUGUUUUUCUGACAAAAAAUGGUGUUCAACAAUCUAUUAUUAAAGACAAACAGAUUAUAGAGUACAUCAAAUGUGCAGCUGAGUCGUAUGCAGUUUUACAGCAUGUUUAUCAAGAAAUUCAAGCCUUACUUGUCCUCCAGCAAUCAUCCCAUCUACUAAAUAAUCAGUCUGAAGAGAUUUAUUCAAUAAGCCGGCUUGUUCACGUUUUGUCAAAAUUUAGAAUGUUGGAUGUAGCAGAAACUUUAGUGAAGAGAGGAGAAGAUCUUCUGAAAGAAAUAACAGAUGCUAAACUCUUAAGUUUACAGUUGCUGCCCUUAUUGCAAUCAAGGUUUACAUUGGCUUACUUAGAGUUUCUCUACCAUUCAGGAAAGUUUGAUACAGGCCGUGAGUUGUUGAAGCGGUGUGAAAGUUCUCCACUUUGGGAGAAAAACACCAAAACAACUAUGCUUCUCCAAGCUGAAGCAAAACUGGUAGCCUGUCUCUUCAACUUACUGCCAUCAUCAGCAUUCAGCAGUAGUUCUAUUCAGAGAGGUGAUUGUGCUUCCAAAAAUAAGCUAUUUCCUGAAAAUCCCAUUGUUCUAGCUUUAGAUGCAUGGAAGCUCUGUAUGGGACUAAUCAAGUAUUUGUCUUCAGCAGAAGCACAGAAAUCUUACAAAGACUAUCUCAGCUACAAACCUGCACUUCUGCAUACAUUGUUAAGUUCCACAAUAUUGGUUGGUCAGCUAUAUAUAGAUAUUGGUGCACCUAGAGAGGCUCGUUGUUACUUAAAAGAUACUCUAAAAGUUGCACAGGAAAUGGCAUUGGCUUACAGAUCGGCAGAAUUUCUUCUGACCCUUGCUAAUCUGGAUGCCGUUUGUGAAAACAUUAAUGAUUGCAAAGUGAAGUUGAAUGGUGUUGAAUAUAUUUUACACACUAGUCUACCAGCAACUUCUGUUAAUUCCGAAGCAGCAAGAGAAAAAAAUGAACUGAGUGAGGGAAGUGAUGAAGAGGACUUUCUGGUAAGAAGACCAGGCCGUAGUUUGCGAGGCACAGUACGAGAACAACUACUUCAUGGCCGUCGAGAAACAGAAUCCUCUCCUAUUUCACAGCAACAUGUCAAGACUUCUAUACCAACUCAGUGGGAACAUUCCAUAAGCUGCUGUUGUAAUCUUUGCCAACAUAUAAAACUACAUUCUUUGGAGCUAGAGAUAGUGGGUCUUCAAGCUUACUGUUUAGCUGUGAUGGGGUCUCGCUCCCGGGCUAUUAGGUGGUUGAAAAAUAUUUUGAAACUAGUAACUUUUCUAGCUGACAAGGUGGAUUUUCUUCUCACCUCUGCUGUCAAAAUGAUUUCCAUUGACAAUAAUGUGUCAAAUAAACAAAAGUAUGGAAAAACAAAGCCUGUUAUUAAAAUACCUCUUUAUUUUUACUUCCUUUGUCUAAAAUUAGGAGUCAACUUGCUAAAUUUUAUAUAUCUGAUGGAAAUCAUCAGUGGGCUCUAGAAGAGAUUAAA